AUGUCCAUUGGGCCAUUUGAGACAGAGCAAGACUUUGUUUCGCAGUUCACCGGUGGCUUCGUAAACGCCUCCGAAUCGGUGGCGUGCUUUGCCGUCAUCGACAAGAGGAAGCCACCCUCCCUAGCAGACCUAGAGGGCGAACUACCUGGGAUGGUCUCAUACAUGAGCACCACGGCCGUGCCCGCAGAGGUAGGAUACUCCAUCACCCUCCCGCCCUACCAGCGAAUCACCCUGUCACGGAUCCUGGAGGGGACUUGGGAUUUCUGA